UUCCUCUAAAUGAUACUCACUCUCAAACACACAUUCUUCUCUUUCACUCUCCCACCAUCUCUUAACCGUGGGAUUGUCUGAAGACGGAACCGUAGACGUACCGUCAGAUGAGCAGCGUUAUCACCAUGCAGAAUGUGUCGAAAACGCCUCCUACUCUGGUGCUGCCUCAAGGAGCCGUCGCCAUGAGGAUCAAAAGCUCCGCAAACAGCGGCGAGCGACUGAGCCAAACCAAAUCCAUGGUCAUACCGGACCUCGACACAGCCCCCAAACCACUUAACCGACAUCGCAGGAACCAGUCCCAGCACAAUGCCAGUCAGGGUUUACAGCAGCCAGGUUUGCAUGGAGUUUAUCUGAACAAAACCAAGAUCUCUGAUGGAGGAAAGAAACUCAAGAAAAACUGGACGCUGGCCUGGGUUGUUCUUUCAUCAAACGAGCUGCAUUUCUACAAGGAAAGCAAGCAAGAAGCAAUGCUCAGUUUGAAACCAGGAAUUAAAGCAGAAGGCGUGAACCUCUGUGGUGCCGUUGUGGACUGGACGACGGAGAAGUCGAGUCGGAAGAACGUCUUUCAGAUAACAACAAGGUCUGGUGAGGAGCUGCUUCUGCAAUCAGAUGACUAUCCUACCAUCAGCAAAUGGCAUGACGCCAUCAAAAACACAGCGGACAGAUCGUCCAGUGCAGACGCAGGAUCCGGAGAAGGAAAGGCCAUGUUACAGAGGUCCAACAGCACAGAGUGUCUGCCCAGACGAGUCCAUGAAUCAACAAAAUCCAAAGCCAAAGAGCCGAAAUCAGAGAACAGACGCUCUCUCAUGUUCAAGCUGAACUACAGCGCCUCCGACAGUGCAGAUAAGAACGGCGUGAAGAACCGUCUCAAGAAGUUCAUCUCCAGACGGCCCUCCAUGAAAACACUACAGGAGAAAGGCCUUAUUAAAGAUCGCAUCUUUGGAUGUCACAUCCUGACUUUGUGUCAGCGCGAAGGCACCACGGUUCCCAAAUUUGUCCAGCUGUGCGUCAAGGAAGUGGAAAAGCGAGGGCUUGACGUUGAUGGGAUAUAUAGAGUGAGUGGCAACCUGGCCACUGUCCAGAAACUACGCUUCCUGGUUGACCAAGAGGAGGAGCUGGAUUUGGGCGACAGCCAAUGGGAGGACGUUCAUGUCAUCACUGGUGCACUAAAGAUGUUUUUCCGCGAGCUGCCAGAGCCUCUGUUUCCCUUUCGCUUUUUCGAAAUGUUCGUGGAGGCCAUAAAAAACAGGGAGCACAAGCAGAAGGUGCAGGCGCUCAAGAAGCUGGUCAACCAACUCCCCAAACCCAACCAUAACACCAUGAAAGUGCUAUUUCAUCACCUCCAAAGGGUUUUGACGAAGUCGAGGCAGAACCUCAUGUCGAGUCAAGGAAUCAGCAUUGUUUUCGGUCCGACCCUCUUGUGGCCCGAGCUGGACACGGGGAACAUGACUGUCAACAUGGUGUACCAGAACCAGAUUGUGGAACUCAUGCUCACUGAAUGUGUAGAGAUCUUCGGACCAGAAUCUAAGUAACAAGUGCUUAAAUAUAAAAUGCACGUUCUUUUAUUUUUUUAUUUUUUACACAUUAAAAGGAAGUGACAAAAUAAAGAUGGGGAAAAAAAAAAACCUUGCUGGACUGAGCAAACAUCCUCGAGAUUCUGGGUUUGCUUGCGUUCUUUUUUUUUUUUUCGCGUCUUUGAGGUUACACAGAAAUCGCACAAUGUAAAUAAAUUCUGCGGUUGUGAGUUCAGAACAUUCUAUAUAAAAAGUAAAUAAAUAAAACCAUGUGACGUGCUCGACUCCAGCCAAUUCAGUACCAUGUGACUGAACAGACCCAGAGUCUUUUAUUAAAUGAUCUAUACUAUUUUGUAGAUCUAAACAACAACAACAACAACAUUAGGAGGACUGUGUGUAGAUUUCUGGCCUCUUGAACAGCUAUCAAAGAAGGGAAUUUCUUUUGGGUUUUUUGUUUUACCUCAAGGUCGUUCAGAGGUCAUCGUCCUUUUUACACUCUUUUUUUUUAUUCUGUGUUCUCUCAAACACUGCUACUAUUAUUCAUCAGGCUUAUUUCUGUUCUAUUUGUGCUCUUUUAUUUUUUAAAACAAGAAGAUUAUAAUUUUCCCGAAUCCAAUUGGUAGGCGAUCUUUAUUGCAAAGUGUUUAUUCCAAAGAGUGAAAUUUAGCUUUCUGGGUAGAAGAGAUGGAAUACCAUCUGCACCCAAACUGUGAACCACAAAGAAACGAGCCAAUCGUAUGCGACUGAGUGUUGAUGUAUUUAGAAGAAGGUAAACAGCUCUUUUCCACGUGAUGCAACAGGAGCAGGAGUUUGAAAUGAUUAUCCAGGUUGAUAUUUCUUGGAGGGAAGUGUUUUCCCAAACUUUACUGGUUUCUAGCUGGGUGGGAAUUUACACGAAAUUUAUUGUCAGGGGGUCGAUAUGGUGGUAUAGGCUAAUCAUAUAACAUAGCAUCCUAAAAUAUAUUAAUGUUCUUUUGGGAAGCUCAAAACUAUUUGUGCUUUGGUCAGACAAAAGAAGUUCAGCCAUUCCUCAUCACAACUGUGUCAUAACAACUUGUGGACUCUUGUAAAUAAAACCUUUUCUUUUUUC